CCCGGUCCCACCCUAUCUCCCCUAAACUCUACACAGCUCGCAAGCUGCUUCCCCUCCUUCUCGAUCCUGCCGUGUACGUGUUGCUGCCUACCGGUAUCGGUCUUCCACUGUCCUGUGGCUCGGAAACGCCCAACCUCCGUAGAUUACUUUGGGGUCGUUACUCGGUGCAUCGCGCGCGACGGAGCCAGCCCAUUCCCUUCCGGCGAGCCUCAACAACCCUAAACCCCUCUCCUGUUCUGCACGCCGCAGAACAUAACACGACCCUCUCUUUCGCAAAGCAACUCACUUCUGGCUCAGCUACCCAACCCUUCAAAGGGAAAAAUACCAUUCUCCCGCCAUCACCACAAAGUUAUUGUUCCUUUCACCCUCCCCCUCUCGGCGCUGGGCUCGUCGCUUCGGACGGGUUCCGGGUCAAACUAGGGUUUCUGGAAAUAUCGUCUGCUCUCUCGCGGCUCUCGCCUGCCCGGUCUUGAAUACCGCGGCGCGACUUUCUUUCUCCCGGCCCGACCGCCUUGCGGUAGCUUCGCAUAUCAGAUUUUUUCUCGAUCCCGCGCUUUCCUCCACCUAACGGACCGGACCCCGUACACCUUUCUCCAUUAUGAUGACCACCUCCGCCUCAUAUUCACAUCCUAACCAAUUGCAGCAACAUCCAGGUGUCCAACAAGGUCCUCAACAGCAUAUUCAAGGGCACCCGGGACAACCUGCUCACGCCGCAAUGCAGCACCUACAUCCUCAGCAGGCCCAAGCUCAAGCAGCCCAAGCCGCUGCUUACCAGCAGCAGCAGCAGCUCGUGUUGGCAGGAAUGCACCCACAGAUGGCCCAGAUACAACAACAACUGCGGCGGCAGCAACAGCAGCAGCAGCAGGCACAUCUGAUGAAUGGAAUGGGAGCCCCCGGGGGCAUGGUCUUUCAGAAUAAUGGAAAUCCUCAAGUUCGGACCGGCAUGCCAAAUGGGAUGUAUCAGGGUGGACCCGGAGGAAUUCCCGGUGCAAAUAUGGGGGGCUACGGAGCUGGAAAUCCUCACAUGAGAGGAAAUGUAAACCUUCCGCCUCAUGUGCAACAAUUACAUGCCCACCACCAGCAGCAACAACAGCAGCAGAUGGCGGUUGCUGCACAGCAAAUCGCAUUAAACCAAGCGAACGCAGCAAAUGCUCAAACACCCAUGGCGAUGCCUCCACAACCGCCGAUACCCAUGCAAGCAGCUCAACAGGCAGCAAUGGCGGCAGCUCAAGCUCGCCAAACACCAAAAACAUUACUUGGACACUCAGUCCUUGGAUUGUAUCGGUUUUCCGGGCACCUUUCGGCAUUUGAUGCUAGUAAAGAAUCAAACGAUAUAGAUCGUUGGCGGAGGUUCGUAGCAGAGUUCUACGCACCAUCUGGAGUGAUGCGACAACGUCUGUGGCAUAACAACACACGGGAAACCAAGCAGUUUGAAGUAACCACCCAGGUACUGGCGAGGUAUUACUUCGUCCUAUUCGGGUCAGGAGUUCAAAAUAUCCAGAUAGUGCUGGAAAACGUCCGGGAAAAGGAGCUCGCAAACCAGUGUCAUAUUGUAGAGUGCCCAAAAACGAGCUUCAUAUAUUGGUUUGGGAAUGGAUUGCACUUGGUUGCUCGUGGAGGCCUGCGGGCGACAUUUAACGCGAGUUCCAAAAUGGAAGAAUUGGACUUCCAGGUCGAGGAGCACUCGGAAUACGUCCCUCGAAACUUUGGUCAAGAUUCACCAGAUAUUAUGAAAUCUUCUCCGGGUAGCAAAUCACUAGGCAAACGUCCGUCGCAGCAGGGACACGCAUCAGAAAAUAUAGUAAACAAUUAUGGCGUACCCCACGCAGUGCUUCAAUGCUUAGAGAUAUCGGAAACAAUGUCGCAAAUGCGAGACUUGUUCAAUUACUCACACUUGAACCCCGCUCUUGCUCCACGACAAGCUCUGCAAAGCUAUGUCAGCCAACAGCAGCAACAGCAGCAUGCUCAGCAGCAGCAGCACCUGGCGAACCAGCACGCCCAACAGCAGCAGCAGCAGCAGCAGCAGCAGGCUCAAGCAGCGGUGAUGGCGGCAACAGCACCCGGACUACAGGUCCAACAGGGUCACCCAGGUGGCCAUGCUGGUCCAGGUAUGCUUCAACAUCCUGGGCAACAUCUGGGCGUGCCGGGUGGUGUACCAGUCGGGAUGAACUCGCCCUCGGCAGAUGGAAUGAGAAUGGGUGUUCCUCCAUCACCACAUAUGGGAGGCGGCGGAGGACCAGGGACAACGCCUAGUCCUGCCCAAAACCAUAUUCAGGCUCCUGGGUUAGUACAACAACAUUCACAACAAGCCCACCCGACGAGCAACCCCAGUUCGCAAACAAGUACUACCGUUGUGAGUGCGAAUACAUCGCCCAAUACUAACAAACGGCGAAGGGCUAGUACUACGAGCAACGUGAAAAACGAAGGAGAUGACGAAAGUGGAGUCAAUGGAGCUCAGAACAACAAGAUCAAGCAAAGCCCAAGGGUAGGGGGGAACAAACGAGUAAAGGGGAACAACGCUACAUGAACUUUAGUGAGGGCUGUUCUGCUUUUUCCUUACCUACCGCAGCUUUUGCUCCACCUUAUGAUCAUAGCCUUGUAUGAGAUCCAUGAUCCCUAUUUGUUUUGUGUAUUUUUUUUAUUUCUGGUUCUACCCGUACUAUUCCCGCCAUUUCUGGUGCUGGUCUAGAUACGAUUAUCUAUUUUUUUUUCCCAUUGAGUUCCGGGUAGGAGGGUCACGUUGAAUCAUCUACCUAGAGUUUGGAGUGCAAAGGUUAGCUGCUAGUGCGUGGGGAGAGCUGAGACGGAUUUGGGCGGAGCGCAAGUUUCCUAAUUCUCCUUUUGUUAACGCAAACUUGUGGCUCUCGGUUUUUAUACCUAAUAACUAUCUCUCCUGACUGCACCUUACUCGGUUUUCUUGAACAUUGUUUUUCUUACAUUUUUCUUGAUUUCUUUCUAUUCACCUUUUCCUUUUUACAAGGGUUCUUCCUGUGGUUCCUCCUUCCUAUUUGAUUUCUCUUUAAAUUUCAAUCCACCUAUUUUCUACUUUUUUUCUUCUCCCAUCUCUUUUGUCCACAUUUCCUAUGUACUUUCGGGCUCUUGGAUCAAGCGGGGCGUUCUUAUUUGCCUGUUAUGAUAAGUGGUUUUGUGAUGCGCAGUUGCGCUUAUUCAAAUACUCACAAUUGCACAAAAAAAAAAA